UAAUGUCACUCUUUAUUUAAUCUAAGGAUUUAUACGCCCUCAGUUUCUCUAUCAGAAGUGUAGAUGUCAGGCCACUCAAUCGGAGGUAAUCCUGUAAAAUCGUCCAUCCAAUGAGUGAUUGUGUACGGGUCGACCAAUCUGGGGGGUAUUCCAGAAAGCUUGAUUAACUUACCAUUUGAUAAACUAUAACCUCUGGGUUGAUUUACCCCAAACAGGCAUACCAUGAGUAUGUCGGUUCCAAAACACCUGAGAAGAGUUAGUUUAAUCAACCUCUUACUGGUUACCCAGAGUUAAUGUGCGUGCACGGUGCAUGUAUAAAGACAUUUUCAAUGGAUCGCCGAUUUCACGAGUCACCAUGGAAACUCAAAGCGAAAAAAAGAGAGCGGCGUAUUUCACAGAGGAGUUGGAAGUUUUAAUGCAUGCUUGUGAGGAGUUUGAGCCAAUAAUAUAAAAAAGAAGCAAUACAGCUGCAUCGGCUAAAGCAAGAGAGUUGGCUUGGCAAAAAAUAACGGACAGAGUAAAUGCGUGAGUGUAAUAAAUUACAAAUUUGGUAUUUGCUCCCGUUUUAUUGAAAUGCAAAAUAAUGAAGUAUGACUUAUACAUCCUUUUGAAUAUGUUAAAUCACUAUGAAAGCAUUUACUUUUCCUGCCAUUUAUUUCUUUAGCUUGAAAUAAUAAUGUAUAUUUCUUAUUUAAUAAGGUGUAAUCCUUCUGGAGCCACAAGAACUUUAAGCCAAGUCAAAAUGAAACACAAAAACAUUCUGCAAAAAGCUAACAGAAAGAAGACUGAAGCCCGUCUAACUGGCGGGGGGCCACCACAACCUCCCCUCACCCCAUCUGAGGAGCUGGCUCUAUCCCUUAAUAAAGGGCGACCAGUGGUUGCUGGCAUUCCAGGGGGCAGUUCAUCAAACAUACUAUGCUCCACAAGUGAUGGUGAAAAAAGGGUGAAAUAUACUGAUGGACGGAUUGUAUUAUUGGACUCUCCAGAAAGAACACAGUCUGUCACAGUUGAUGAAGAUGAUGAUGACGAUGAAGAGACCACAUCUGCUGUGACAGAAGUGGACAAUGCUGGUAGAUCCACUGAGUACAUACCUAGGGAUUUGCCCACAGAUGAGGGUCCUUCAGCCUCAGCACACAAUCUAAGCAGGGACAAGUUGGACCUCUUGAUGACUGCAGCGCCACGCAGAGCGUUCUCAAUAAAGAAUCCUGCUGAAGAUUACCCAAGAGUCUCCUGGUCUUCGUUUCUGAGUUCCCAACAGUUUUUGGUGCCGUGACCCGGAUAGAGCUUCUCACCUGAAUCCAGAUUGAAACUGCAACCUCAACAAAGAUCAGACUUCAUUCCACACUGAAUCUUUCUGUACAACCAAUGGUUGGUGAGUGUACCUCUAUCCAAAAGAACCUUUAAGACCAGAACAAAUUUGUUAGCCUCUGCACCGUCAGAGAAGAGUUAACAGACAGCUGUAGGGUUUGGUUAACUAAGUGACCCUCUAAAAAUGACAUUUUAGAGAUGAAAAUAAUCCUCUGUUUAGCCAGGGAAGAUUAGCAUCACAUGCUAAUAUUUUGCUACCCUCUGUGUCUCGGCAGGGAAGUUUAGCAUAAAGUGCUAAAAGUUUGUGUUAAGUGACCCUCUAAAAAGGAUAUUUUAGAGAUGAAAAUAAUCCUCUGUUAGGCAGGGAAGAUUAGCAUCACAUGCUAAUAUUGUUCUACCCUCUGUGUCUGACAGGGAAGUUUAGCAUUAAGUGCUAAUAGUUUGUGUUAGAAGUGUCCUUUUGUGUCAGAAAGACAUUACAAAAUGUUGAGAAUGAAUCCUAAACUGAUUCCAACAACUAAGAAAGGUGGACUAGCUACUCCUUCAUGGACAGACAGUGAGUUCAAAUCAUUGUUAGGGCAGCACAUGGACUCAAUAGUGACAGAGUCAGUCAGAUUGGAUUUGAUAAAGAAAUUUGGUAUUGAUCCAGAAAAAGUAUGGUCAAUUGAAGAAUGUAAAAAGGUACUAGGAUCAUGUAUUCGCAAAAACAAUGCGAAAGGCAUUAUCUGCUGCCACAGAGAAUUUGGUUUAGCACUAGCUACGCAACAUUCUCAGCGUACCUCAGAACUAGAGGAACAGAUCAAAGAGCUCAGAGCCAGAGUAUCCUCUUUGACUAAGAAACUGAAUCGCAACAAAGCUGCAGCAAAAACUGAUGUGGAAGAAGUUAGUCAGACUGAUAACAAUUAUCCUGAUUUACAAGCUUUCUUUGAAACAGAUGUAGCCAUCCAGUCAGUAACUGAUGUAACUGUAGAUUCAGUAAAGGUAUGUGGUGCGAGGAGAAGAUCUCAGAGAAUUGAGGAAACUGAAAGUGUUCCUGCCAACUCUUCUGUUGUCCAAGUACAAACUGUUGCCAAAGGGCUAAGACCUAAAGAUAUAGAGAGACUAUCCCAGAGCUUACCCUCUGUACGCACAAACUUUACUGAAUUCAGAAGAGCAUUGAUCAGCAAAAUGCGUCUCUAUGACAUGUCGUUAACAGAAGUCACACAGCUGAUGUCACAAAUACUUACUGAAUCUGAAUUCAACAGUUUUGAGUCUGCUGUUACUUCUGAACUACAACAUGCCUGUAAAGAUGAAUUGAGAGAGGGAGUUCUGAGAGAGUUAAAGAAUAUUGUUGGACCAAAAGUGGAUUGGUCAAAGGUCACUAGUUGUGUACAGAAGGAGGCUGAAACUGUGAGUGAAUACACUGAAAGGUUUUGUCAGUCAGCAGUAACUUACAGUGGAAUAAUUGAUGAUUCUGAAAGUGUGUUAGAGGACAAGGGACCAUUAGUUCGCAUCUGGUCAGAUGGCCUUGUAGCUGAGUACAGAAAAGCUUUACCAUUCUUAGAUCUAACUUGGUCUAACAAAACUCUCCGAAGUAAUCUAGACAGUUUAGCUGCUUGGGAAAGAAACUCUGAUGUCAAAGCCAGAGUAAAGAUUGCAGCAGCAUCUUUUCAGGUCAAAACAGAGAACCGACUGAAACGUAGAAGUUCUAAGAAGGAGGGCAGUUGUCAUUUUUGUGGUAAAACUGGACACUGGAUGAAAGAGUGUAGAAAAAGUAAGAAGACAUUAAGAGAAAUGAACAGCUUUACUCAGCUCCUACUCAGUCUACUUACCACUCUGAAUCUGCCCCUCCCCACGUCACCUAACUGUUGGAGCAGCUUGCUCAGGUGUUAACUGUAAGGGCUGUGAGUGCUUAAUUUCCCCAGUAAUGUACAACAAAGAUGAAACAUCCUUUGUAAAAACGUUGACUGUCACUUCCUUUCAUUGAGAGAACGUUAAGUACACUCACAGCCUUCAAAGCUAUACUAAAGCACACUCCAGUCACUCCUAUUCUUUUUGGGUUAUGAUGUCUUGUUAAGACUGAUGUUUCAUUAGAGGAUGGAGAUGUCACCCAGUUAAGUUCGCACAACAGCUACAGGGACAGACUAGGACACACACAGACCAGUGAGGAGCCCAGGGAAGAACCGAAGUGCAACAGGCCUCGGGGGCCAACCCUGUGGUGAAGACUUCCUCAUAGGUUUCCCCUACCCGUAGUUUUAUCCCCACCUCACUGGUCCAUAGGUGUCAAAUUACUUAAAACUAGUUUGAGAAAAACACUAUACAAUCACCAGACUUAAAACCACUAUACGAUCAACAGAAGUCUAAAAAUGUCUAUGCAUGAAUACUGCUUGUCUGCUGUUUUCUUUGUUUUUCUUGUGUUGCAGGUAUGCGUGCAUGAGAAGUCAUUUCCAUAUGUGACACCCUGGUGUAAAGCAUCACUUCAGACAUCCAUGAACAAGCUUCAUGAGGACAAAGAGUCAUCUGAGUGAAUCAACAUGCGAAAUGGACUACAGAAAACAGACUUCACAGCUAUUCUUACGCCAUGGACUUCAAGACUUCCACUCUUAUGCUACAAGAUUUUUUCUGUGUCAUCAUGUAGUUUUUACAACGUGUUACCAUCCAUGCCAUAUGUGUCAACCGUUAUGGUUCUAAAAAUACACCUAAGUAAAUCUAGUAUAAGACACAGAAUAAGUUAGACGUGCCUGUAACCUUUUCAAGUUACAUGACUGAAGAUGGGGCUUAUGUUAACAAACAUAGGCCAUAGAAUGGAUUUAUGAAAGUUUAAAUUUGUAUUAUGUGAGAGUUAUUAGAACUCUCAACGGGAGGACUGUGGGAUUACAAAUUUAGAAAAUGUUAAAUCUAGGUUCCAAUAUAAUAGUAGACUUUUUGGGGUAAUAAAGUUGAGAUCCAAGAAGCUCAAAUCAGGAGAAUCAAGUGUCUGAGACAUUAACCUUUUGUCUUUGUGUUCUUCCUUGAAGCUCAAGGCACAGCUGUGCCUUUUGUCUCUAUGAUAAUGUGAAGGUAUCCGUGAUACUGUCAGGCACCUCUGUAUUUAAAUGACACUGUUAUGCUGAUAAGAUCAAGGCUGGGAAGAUGCCAGUGUCUGGUAUCUUCCUGAUUGCAUUUGCAUGCUUUGUUAAAAUGGUCUCCACCUCUACUGUAUGGAUCCCUCCCACUUGAAUGUAUAUAAUCUACAAUGUCUUAAGGACAAUUUAGACUAUUGAUGACUACAGCGCCACGCAGAGCGUUCUCAAUAAAAGAAUCCUGCUGAAGAUUA